UUAUAUCAGCCAAACUAAAGGACAGUCGGAAAAACUGGUUUGGCCCAAGUCCAUAUGUAGAGGUAUGUGUUGAUGGACAAUCAAAAAAAACAGAAACUCGGAAUAACACUCACAGUCCAAAAUGGAAGCAGCAUCUCACUGUCAUUGUUACCCCAUUUAGUGUGUUAAAUUUCCGUGUCUGGAGUCAUCAGACAUUAAAGUCAGAUGCACUGCUCGGUAGCGCCUCUUUAAAUCUUCAGGAGACACUUCGAUCAAACAACAUGAAGCUUGAAGAAGUAGUUGUGUCCCUCCAGCUGUUAAGUGAUAAUGAUACAGUGGGCGAUCUAUCCGUGUGCCUUGAUGGAAUGCAGGUGGAUCCAGAUCUCUUGACAAAUGGAGAUUUAAGUUGCAAAGAUUUAUCUGAGAAUUUCAGAGCAGAGAACGGAAUAUAUUCUAGAAGCACAGACACCACUGAUGGUGCAAGUUCUAAUAAAAACAGAACUGCUAAUGGCACCAGCUCUCCCUCUGUGACCAACGGGAGUUUUAAGCCAAGCAGACCUCCAAGGCCAUCUCGACCUCCCCCACCAACUCCUCCCAGGACUUCCAUCACUGCACCCUCACAGGGCACCGAACCUGCCUAUUCUGAAUCUAACGAGUCUACUUCAGUGGUCAUCCCUGCAGUGAACUCAACUGGGGCAGAUGCCUCAUCCUCCAACCCUCCAGUUUCAACACAAAUAACUCCCAUCAUAGACAGCCAGAGGAUUGGUCCAGUCAACCAAGGACCCUUACCACCUGGCUGGGAACAGCGUGUGGAUCACAAUGGGCGUACCUACUUUGUGGAUCAUGUGGCAAAAAGAACCACAUGGGACCGACCAGAGCCCCUUCCACCUGGCUGGGAAAGACGUGUAGACAAUAUGGGCCGUAUCUACUAUGUUGACCACAUCACCCGAACAACCACUUGGCAACGACCUACCUUGGAAUCCGUCCGCAAUUUUGAGCAAUGGCAGCUCCAACGCAACCAGCUACAGGGAGCAAUGCAACAGUUUAACCAAAGAUUCAUUUAUGGGAACCAGGAUUUUUCAGCCCAGAAUAAAGAGUAUGAUCCAUUGGGACCAUUACCAAAUGGAUGGGAAAAGCGAACUGAUUUAAAUGGAAGGGUUUAUUUUGUCAAUCACUCAACACGUACAACCCAGUGGGAAGACCCCAGGAGCCAAGGUCAGCUGAAUGAAAAACCCUUGCCUGAAGGAUGGGAGAUGAGAUUUACUGUGGAUGGCGUCCCAUACUUUGUGGAUCACAAUAGGAGAACAACCACAUAUAUUGACCCUCGAACUGGAAAAUCUGCACUGGAUAAUGGACCCCAGAUUGCAUAUGUGCGGGACUUUAAAGCCAAAGUUCAAUACUUCCGAUUUUGGUGUCAGCAACUUUUCAUGCCUCAGCACAUUAAAAUCACAGUUAACAGGAAAACCCUAUUUGAGGACUCAUUUCAGCAGAUUAUGAGCUUUAAUGCUCAAGACCUGAGAAGGAGAUUGUGGAUCAUUAUUCCUGGAGAAGAAGGUUUAGAUUAUGGAGGAGUGGCUAGGGAAUGGUUCUUCCUCUUGUCUCAUGAAGUGCUGAAUCCCAUGUAUUGCCUGUUUGAAUAUGCGGGGAAGGAUAAUUACUGCUUGCAAAUCAAUCCUGCAUCCUAUAUUAAUCCAGACCAUCUCCGCUACUUUCGGUUUAUUGGCAGGUUCAUUGCCAUGGCUUUGUUUCAUGGAAAAUUCAUAGACACUGGUUUCUCUCUUCCAUUCUACAAACGCAUCCUUAAUAAACCAGUUGGACUGAAUGAUCUGGAAACUGUGGAUCCUGAAUUCUUCAACUCUCUCAUCUGGAUCAAAGAAAACAAUAUUGAGGAAUGUGGCUUGGAGAUGUUUUUCUCGGUUGACAAAGAGCUCUUGGGCGAAGUUAAAAGCCAUGAUUUGAAACCCAAUGGGAGCAACAUCCAAGUGACCGAGGAGAACAAAGAAGAAUAUAUAAGGCUAGUAGCAGAAUGGAGGCUUUCUCGAGGAGUAGAAGAGCAAACACAGGCUUUUUUCGAGGGCUUCAAUGAGAUACUACCUCAGCAGUACCUACAAUAUUUUGAUGCCAAGGAGCUAGAGGUGCUCUUGUGUGGGAUGCAGGAAAUUGACUUGAAUGAUUGGCAACGCAGCACCAUUUAUCGUCAUUAUACUAGGACCAGCAAACAGAUUGUUUGGUUCUGGCAGUUUGUGAAGGACAUAGACAACGAGAAACGUAUGCGGCUUCUUCAGUUUGUAACAGGGACAUGCAGAUUACCUGUUGGAGGCUUUGCUGACCUCAUGGGGAGCAAUGGGCCACAGAAAUUCUGCAUUGAGAAGGUGGGCAAAGAAAACUGGCUACCUAGAAGUCACACAUGCUUCAACCGUCUGGAUCUUCCACCCUACAAAAGUUAUGAACAGCUGAAAGAGAAGCUUUUGUUUGCAAUUGAGGAAACGGAGGGAUUUGGUCAGGAGUAACAUAAAACGUGGGGAGAGAUAUCAGCGGAUUCUGCACACUGCCGCUUGCUCUCUACUCCAAUCAGUUUUUUCAUUUUUCUUCCAUGUGAUUUUGAACCAUCCAAGGACACUUUCUUUGCCUGGAAGAUCCUCCUUUGUUAAUUUUUGUUUAAUAUCUUAUACAUCAACACUGAGGAAGCUCAUCAGACAGCAUUUGUCUUAAGUUAAAUAUAGAAUUAUUUUUUAUGUGUUCCCAUCUUGUGUAACCUCAAAACUUACAUCUGGUAGCAAAUGUGUUAACAAACUAAAGCGUAAAUUACUUGAUUCUUGAGGUUAGAAUUUUGACAUUUGGUUAUAUUAAUAAAGUAGUGUUAUUCCAUGGGACACCUUACAGCCCACUGAGCUGUAUAUAGAGCCAUAUUUAUUAUGUACCACGGGAAGGUGUUCCAUGGAUUAGUACACAAUAGUAAUGUAACCACAAAACAAAUUUGUGUGUUGGAUUUGCCUUGCAUAGACCUUUUGAAUUAAACUGCAGCUUUAUAGGUUAAUAGCUUACUUUAACAGUUCAGCAAAAUACUUUAAUGUGUUUCCUAAUCCAUAUUCAUGCUAUGGGUCCUGGCUUCACUAAGACAUUGUUUAAAAGAAAUUCUCUCUAAACAGUUCUUCUAGAAUAGAGCCAUAGAAUAGCUUUGCUGCAGAAUAAAAUGUAAUGUUUUUAAACAUCAAAUAUAUUAGAGAACAUACACAUUUGUAACCUUGUUUUAGUACAAGGAGAUCCUAAAUUAGUUUUGUUUUUAAACAUUACCCAUUUUAAAUAACUGCAACUUUUUUUGCCAUCCCUGGUGAAAUUGCAUUAUGAGAGUAAUGAGUUCCUCCUCUUACUAAUAUUGUGGGAUCUUUUAUACAUAAGUGGUUUCAGCUGCACUUUUAAGUCUCCCGUUUAAAGAGUCUGCCUUCUUCGAAUAAACAUAGUAAGAAAUUGCUCUUAUUAAAGUAUAAAUUUGACUUUAUAUGGGUAAUAUCAAUAUCUUAAAUAUCCAGUAUUUUUCACAAUUCAGCCAGGGAUAAGCCUUUUGUUUUUAUUUCUUAAAUUGUAUUUUCUACCUUUCAGACUCGGCUCCUCAAUAUUUAGCUGAUGUUGUAAUUAUCAGAUUGGCAAUUAAAGGGACAUAAUACUCAUAUGCUAAAUCACUUGAAACUGAUGCAGUAUAACUGUAAAAAGCUGACAGGAAAAUAUCACCUGAGUAUCUCUAUGUAAAAAAGGAAGAUAUUUUACCUCAAAAUUUCCUCAGCUCAGCAGAGUAAGUUCUGUGUAAAAAGUUAUACUCAGUUACUGCCCAGCUUGCAGGUAAAAAAAAAAAAAUGAAGAAAUGAACAGCAACCAAUCAGCAUCAGCAGUGCUGAGGUCAUGAACUCUUUUACUGUGAUCUCAUGAGAUUUGACUUAACUCUCAUGAGAUUUCAUUGUAAACUUCCUUUAAACUGAAUAGGGAAAUAACAUGAGUGCACGAGGCUCAUCUCUUCGGCUGUCCCGGGACAGACAUACUGAUAUGCUGCUUAGAAAUCCUUUACAAUAGGAUGUGGCUACUGGGGAACUUUUGAGGUAAAAUAUCUUUCUUUUUUACAUAGAGAUGUUCAGGUGAUAUUUUCUAGUCAGCUUUUUACAGCUAUACUGCAUCACUUUCAAGUGUUUAAACAUUUGGGUAUUAUGGCCCUUUAAAGUAGAUACAAAUAUAAGGGGAUACUUAAAAUUAGCAAUACUUGAAAUUUAGCCAUUGGAAUUGGUCAAUUUCCAUCCUCCAUUUGAUUGAUUUGCUUUCUCCAGACUUUUUUUCAGUAGUUAAAACUGUCUCAGCCAAAGGUGCUUACAAGUCAUUUGGCAGUGACAGAGUUAACAGGUGCUCAUGUAUAGCAUUUUUGCAACCAGAAUAUUGUCUAUUUCCUUUAUCUGAAUAAUCCUGGAAUUUGCUUACUCGGUGGUAGAUCAUCAUGGCAGAUGAAAUCAUAUGAAGCAUUUUUCCAGGCUGAUGACUUUGCUGCUCAUAUUGUAGAAGAUGGCCUUUACCCAUGAAGGACAGUAUCUGUAUCCUAUGCUGCAUCUUACAGAUUUCUGAAAAUUAAAUUAUUAGAUAUAACAAUAUUAUAUAGAGCUUUUCUAUCAUUAAACAUGUAUGUGUUAUCUUCCCUUCCACUCUUCUGUUUUAACCUCAGCAUCAAAUGCCACAUGUCGUGGCUUGUUUUUUUCUGGUGGAGGGUUAAGCACAGAAGGCAAGACAUGUAAAUCUCAUUUAAAAUAUGAAAAAGGCUCUUUGCCCUAUAUUUUUAACAAUACUUAAAGCUAUAAUUCAUAUGGAAUUCUCCCUAGUUCUAUAGGGUAGGCUCCUGUAAUAUUUUUAUGAUUGACAUAGGAAAAUGUUCUAAUUGCUUGUGUAUAUAUAAAUAUAUAUAUAUAUACAUAAAUAUAUAUAUUUUUCUUUUUUUCCCCCCAAAAAGAGCGUGGGGAAAUGGAAUUUUAUUUAAAUCCUUCACCAUCAGUAUCCAUUGAGUAGCAACGUGUUAUAACUUCAUAUAUACAUUAAUUUAGAUACUGCAUUGCCCUUUCCCCACCCUCUCUUUGCCUAAAUCUUGUUGGGUGAAAUAAAAAAAGAUCUGCAAAAUAUAUCAAUAUAAAUAAAUGUAAAAAAAAUAAAUAAAAUUAAUUUCACUCUG